GGACCCUAAGCCCGAACAACAAUGGCGAACGUGCGAGUGUGUGAAGGCCUCUUGCAAGGAGAAGUUGUGCAAAAUAAGUACGGCAAAUCAUAUUACAGCUUCAAAGGAAUACCUUAUGCGCAGCCGCCGCUGGGAAACCUGAGGUUUAAGGCUCCACAGCCGCCUAAGCCAUGGGAAGGAGUUCGAAAAGCAACUGAGUUUGGGCCUAUUUGCUAUCAAGUAGAUUUUUUCAAAAAAGAUGCGCCUUCAGGCAGCGAGGACUGUUUAUAUCUCAACGUUUAUACUCCUGACACCAAACCAGACAAACCGCUGCCUGUUAUGUUCUGGAUUCACGGAGGUGCUUUUUACUGGGGAAGUGGUAACGAUGACUUUUAUGGCCCUGAUUUCCUUGUCAGCCACGAUGUGAUACUAGUGACUAUAAACUAUAGACUAGAAGUAUUAGGCUUCCUUUGUUUAGACACCGAGGAUGCGCCUGGCAACGCUGGCAUGAAAGACCAAGUUGCAGCACUGAGAUGGGUUAAUAAGAAUAUUAGUCAUUUUGGAGGUGACCCCAAUAAUAUUACAAUUUUCGGUCAAAGUGCUGGUGCUGGCUGCGUUGGAUAUCAUUUGAUAUCGCCAAUGACUAAAGGACUUUUCAAACGAGCAAUACAGCAGAGUGGAAGUUGUACUUGUCCAUGGGCCCAGGUUGUUGAACCUCGGGAGAAGGCUAGAGAGUUCGCAAAGAAAUUAGGCUUGGAUUCAAAUGAUGAUAAAGAAUUGUAUGAAUUCUACAAAUCACAACCCAUUGAAUCGUUGAUUUUAACCAAUACGCCUUCAAAUGACUCGGAAGCCGCAAAAUCACCCAACGCAUUGAAAUGGUCCGUAGUCAGCGAAAAACAAUUCGGUGAUAAUGAAAGAUUCUUUUAUGGCAAUGUUGAUAAAGCGCUCCGUAACAAUAUUCAUGUUGGUGUAGAAGUUAUGGCUGGAUAUGUUGAAGAUGAAUUUUAUGGUAUAAUAGGUAUAUUGGGACUUUAUCUCGUUCCAGUAUACAUAAAACUGGCGAAUGAAUCACCAGAGUUCUUUGUACCGACGAAAAUAAGUGCUAAUAGCCCUAAAAACGUACAGUUGAAAGUUGCAAAAAAAAUGCGGGAAUAUUAUUUAAAAGGCGAACCAGCUUCGAUGAAUAACUUUGACCAAAUCGCAAAAUUCUUAGCUGUUGAUUCAUUUGUGUACGGAGUAGUUGAAACACUGAAGUUUAACAAGAAGAAAAACAAAACUUACUCUUAUAAAUUCACUUGCAAAUCCGAAAGGAACCUUUACAGUAAAUUGUACCAAUUGGAAAAAGUUUUUGGAAAUAGAAUGUUUGUCAGUCAUUGCGAUGAUUUGGCUUACCUAUUUGAGCCUAAUUACUUGAAGCAGGAACUCGAAACUGACUCAAAGGAAUUCAAGUUGAUCGAACAAGUAACAAAGUUGUGGACAAAUUUUGCCAAAUUUGGAAAUCCGACUCCAGAUUCUGAGCUGGGCGUGCAAUGGCCUGAGUACUCGGUGAAAGGCAAACACUACUUGGAUAUCGGAGAAAAGCUGACUGCAGGCACUGCCCCAGACGGAGAAGAGAUUCAGUUCUGGGAAAAUAUUUUAAAGAAAUAUAUUUUCGGAAAAUCAUACUUCUUUUUAAAUCAUGAUCAGAAGUCAACAAUGGCGUACGUGCGAGUGAGUGAAGGCCACUUGGAAGGAGAAGUUGUGCAAAAUAAGUUCGGCAAAUCAUAUUGCAGUUUCAAGGGAAUACCUUAUGCACAGCCGCCGCUUGGAAACCUGAGGUUUAAGGCUCCACAACCGCCUAAGCGAUGGCUAGGAACACGCAAAGCAACAGAGUUUGGGCCUAUUUGCUAUCAAGUUGAUAGUUUCAAGAAAGGUGCACCAUCUGGCAGCGAGGACUGUCUGUAUCUCAACGUUUAUACUCCUGAUACCAAACCAGAUAAACCUUUGCCUGUUAUGGUCUGGAUCCACGGAGGUGCUUUUUACUGGGGAAGUGGUAACGAUGACUUUUAUGGCCCUGAUUUCCUUGUCAGCCACGAUGUGAUACUAGUUACUAUAAACUAUAGACUAGAAGUAUUAGGCUUCCUUUGUUUAGACACCGAGGAUGCGCCUGGCAACGCUGGCAUGAAAGACCAAGUUGCAGCACUGAGAUGGGUUAAUAAGAAUAUUAGUCAUUUUGGAGGUGACCCCAAUAAUGUUACAAUUUUUGGUGAAAGUGCUGGUGCUGGCAGCGUUGGUUAUCAUUUGAUAUCGCCAAUGUCUAAAGGACUUUUCAAAAGAGCAAUACUACAGAGCGGAAGUUCCGCUUGUUGGUGGUCCCAAAGUAAUAAGCCUCGGGACGACGCUAUAGCGUUAGCAAAAAAACUGGGUUUUGAUUCUAACGAUGAUAAAGAACUGUAUGAAUUCUACAAAUCACAACCCAUUAAAUCUUUGAUCUUAACCAAUGCACCUUCGAAUCAAAGUGCAGAAGCAGCUGACGCAGGUAAAAAAUUUACAAUUGUCAGUGAAAAGGAAUUCGGUGAAAAUGAAAGAUUCUUUUAUGGCAAUGUUGAUGAAGCGAUCCGUAACAAUAUUCAUGUUGGUGUAGAAGUUAUGGCUGGAUAUGUUGAAGAUGAAUAUUUUGGUAUAAUAGGUAUAUUGGGACUUCAUCUCGUUCCAGUACUCAUAAAACUAGCGAAUGAAUCACCAGAGUUCUUUGUACCGAAGAAAAUAAGUGCCAAUUGCCCUAAAAACUUACAAUUGGAAGUUGACAAAAAAAUGCGGGAAUAUUAUUUAAAAGGCGAACCAGCUUCGAUGAAUAACUUUGACCAAAUCGCAAAAUUCUUAUCUAUUGAUUCAUUUGUGUACGGCGUAGUUGAAACACUGAAGUUUAACAAGAAGAAAAACAAAACUUACUCUUAUAAAUUCACUUGCAAAUCCGAAAGGAACCUUUACAGUAAAUUGUACCAAUUGGAAAAAGUUUUUGGAAACAGAAUGUUUGUCAGUCAUUGCGAUGAUUUGGCUUACCUAUUUGAGCCUAAUUACAUGAAGCAGGAACUUGAAACGGACUCAAAGGAAUUCAAGAUGAUCGAACAAGUAACAAAGUUGUGGACAAAUUUUGCCAAAUUUGGAAAUCCGACUCCUGAUUCUGAGCUGGGCGUGCAAUGGCCUGAGUACUCGGUGAAAGACAAACACUACUUAGAUAUCGGAGAAAAGCUGACUGCAGGCACUGCCCCCGACGGACAAGAGAUUCAGUUCUGGGAAAAUAUUUUCAUGAAAUAUCUUCCGCAAAAGAACAUUCAGAGUACGUGGACUCCAAAACGAGUAAAUUAAUAACAAAACAAAAUACAAAUCAAAUAUUAAGAAUACGAAUUAAACUUAUUUAUGAAUGGCACACAUCCAGUGUAAGCUGACACGCGGCUCGAUAUUGGUGACCAUACUAUAAGCAUUCUAAGUAGUAGUGUAAAGGGUAAUCAUCGUGUAUUUGUGCAUUUGUUUUCUUUUUGACCUUGAAUAAUGCACAUAAAACUAAAAGAACUUACGUAUUAUCUUUUCGUUAUGUUUUUUUAAUCAAAGUAAUAUUUUUAUAGUUAUAUAUUCGUGUUGCAUAUCUAUCUAUCUACAUCGGCAUACAAUGUAUUUCAUCAUUAAGCGAUGAUGUAGAUAAAUGCUUAUGUUAUUAUCUAAAUCAUCGCUAUAUGUUUAUCUCGC